AUGGAGAUUGGAUCAGAACAUAUAUUAUUUCAAGGUGAACCACAACUAGAACACUUUGAAGAAAAGGAGUUAGAGUACAAGAAUGUCAAUGUCGGUACGAUGGACAUGUCCUCUAUCUACUCUAAAACAAACCUUGAUAGUUCUACUUGUCUAUUAGACAUUCUCGAUACUGCCGGACAAGAGGAAUACUCUUGCAUGAGAGACCAAUAUGUCAGAACUGGAGACUGUUUUGUUAUUGUGUAUGAUGUGACGAAUAGAAGAUCAUUUGAUGAGGUUGAACCUCUCAAAAGACAUGUUGAACGUGUCAAGGAUUGUAAUGACACGCCUGUCAUUAUCGUUGGAAACAAGGUCGACAGAACAUCGGAGCGUGCAGUGUCGACAGCCGAGGGAGAGAGCUUGGCUAGAAGUCUGGGCUGCUUGUUUAUCGAGACGUCGGCCAAGACUGCCAAGAAUGUGCAAGAGACAUUCUUUGCGAUUGUACGUUCCACCCCUCGUAGAUCAAUGGUCUACAAGAUCGUUGUGAUUGGAGACGGUGGUGUUGGCAAGUCAGCCAUCAUCAUCCAGUUUAUCCAAGGUCACUUUGUCGACGAGUAUGAUCCUACCAUUGAAGACUCUUAUCGUAAGCAAUGUUGUAUUCCAGGUCUCAAAGCACUAGAAUCGGAAAGCAAGAGUAAGAGCAAGUCAUCAUCAUCAUCAAGUGGAGGAGGAUUGUUAAGCAAGUUAUUUGGUAGCAAGUCAUCAUCUACAUCUACUUCAUCAACUUCAUCAACUUCAUCAAAAAAGGAAGGUAAUAUUACAACACCUGCACUUGAUAGUAAUGUAUUGUACAGUACAAUGAGUUCAUUGUCAUCCAACUCUACUAUUAUGACUGGUGAUCCAUUCGCAUGUAAUGGAUGUAAUGUCAUCCUCAACCGAUUCUCUAAUAUUUAUAAAUCAUCGGGUGAUGGAGCAUCGACAACCGAUUGGAAAUGCGAGUUUUGUUCGCAGGUAAACAAAGAUAUCAAGUUGGCAAGCGACGAAAUUCCAGGCAAGAAUGAUGUAGAGUAUAUCUUGUCAACUCCAGCUACCGCUGCUGAAGCAAAGGGAUCGCGUGAAGAAUCAAUCAUUGUCUAUUGUAUUGAUGUUUCGGGAUCGAUGGGUAUUACAAGUGAAAUCCCAUCCCUACAAACUGAAUGGAAGAAUCUUCGUGCAAAGGGUCGUGGUGGUGCCGCUGCUGCUCCUUCAUCCUCUUCAUCAGCAUCAUUCAUUUCAAGAUUAGAAUGUAUCCAAACAAGUAUUCCUACAAUGUUGGACCGUUUGAAUUUACAGUACCCAAACAAACGUGUUGUAUUGGUCACCUUUUCCAACGACGUUGUUGUACAUGGAUUCAAGGAGAGUGAUGACGGUACAACUGUGACGGGUGACAAGUUGGACGAGUACGAUACAUUGGUCGAGGUUGGCAAACAGUUUAGCUACGAGUCGUUGCCACGUGUCUGCGAAGGAAACGAGUUGCUCAAGAAGCGUGUCAAGGCACUCGAACCCAUUCAAUCGACUGCUCUCGGACCUGCUCUAUUGGUGUCUGCCGCUAUCGCCGGCCAGCGUCCCUUUGGUGAGAUUGUCAUUUGCACGGACGGUAUGCCCAACAUGGGUCUCGGCGCCAUCGAAGACAUGCCCCUCGCACCAGCCCGCGCCUUUUACGAACGCGUCACAGCCUUUGCCAACAAGAACAAGACCUCUGUGUCAAUCCUCGGUAUCAGCGGCUGCGAGAUUGAUCUCGGUGUGAUUGGACGUGUCUCUGAAGACACCAAGGGCAAGGUCACAACCAUCCACCCACUCGAAAUGGCCCGUGAAAUCCGUAAACUUACACAAAACCCAGUUAUUGCCACCGACGUUGAAAUGUCAGUCAUCUUGCAUCCCCAUCUCGAAUUUAACAAGUAUGAUUCCAAGCAAGGACUGAGUAGAGUAGUACGCGAGUUUAGCAAUGUGACCAACGAGACUGAUCUCUCCUUUUUGUUCCAACCACGUGCCAAGGUUGGUGCCAAGGACGUGUUGCGCGAAUACCCAUUCCAAGUGCAAAUCAAGUACACCAAGCUUGAUGGUAUGAGAUGCAUGCGUGUUGUGUCGGCCAGCCUUCCAUCGACCGCCAAGCGUGCCGUCUCUGACAAGUCUGCCAAUGUCGGUCUCCUCGGCAUUGCCUUUGCCCAACAUGCUGCUCAAAUGGCCACCGAGGGUGAUCACAUGACCGCACGUGUAUUCCUCAAGUCGGCCAAGAGAUACCUCGAACGUGUCAGAAGCUCCGACGAACAAUACGAAGAGUACUACAACUACACCGUGCAAGCCACCUCACUCGAAGACAAACUUGUCGAAUGUCUCAUCAACAAGGAUAAAAAGGUUGAAAAGAUCUCUGACGAUGCCAACAAGGUCUUCUUCUCAAUGAAGAAUAUGCAUAAAGCAGUUGUCAUUAGUGGUGCCAAAAAGGAUAUCUCUAGAAGAAAAGGUGAUGUUGAAAUUAACAAACAAUAUUAUGAUAUUACUUUUUAA